GGAGUCCCGCGGGCGCCCGGAACCGAGGGGGGAGUGGGAGCGGCGGCCUAGAGAUCCGGGCUGGCGGCCCGCCCUCGGCCGCGCGGAGCCCUCGGGAUCCAGGGAGUGGCUCAACCAUCGGAGCCAUGACCCGUAGCGGCUUCUCUGGUCACCUUGGUGAUGGUACCAUGGAGGACAAGCGCAACAUCCAGAUCAUCGAGUGGGAGCACCUGGACAAGAAGAAGUUCUACGUAUUCGGCGUGGCAAUGACAAUGAUGAUCCGAGUCAGCGUCUACCCCUUCACCCUCAUCCGCACCCGACUGCAGGUUCAGAAGGGCAAGAGCCUCUACCAGGGGACCUUCGAUGCCUUCAUCAAGAUCCUGCGGGCAGAUGGGGUGACCGGGCUCUACCGAGGGUUCCUGGUCAACACCUUCACCCUCAUCUCGGGCCAGUGCUACGUCACCACUUAUGAGCUCACCCGGAAGUUUGUGGCCGACUACAGCCAGAGCAACACGGUCAAGUCGCUGGUGGCUGGCGGCUCGGCAUCCCUGGUGGCCCAGAGCAUCACGGUGCCCAUCGAUGUGGUCUCCCAGCACCUGAUGAUGCAGCGCAAGGGUGAGAAGGUGGGCCGCUUCCAGGUGCGUGGGAGCUCAGAGGGACAGGGGGUGGUUGCUUUUGGCCAAACCAAGGACAUCAUCAGGCAGAUCCUGCGGACGGAUGGCUUGCGAGGCUUCUACCGCGGUUAUGUGGCCUCACUGCUGACCUACAUCCCCAACAGUGCUGUCUGGUGGCCCUUCUACCACUUCUACGCAGAGCAGCUCUCACACCUCUGUCCUAAGGAAUGCCCACACAUUGUCUUCCAAGCCGUCUCAGGGCCCCUGGCCGCAGCCACUGCCUCCAUCCUCACCAAUCCCAUGGAUGUCAUCCGAACCCGUGUGCAGGUUGAGGGCAAGAACUCCAUCAUCCUGACCUUCAGACAGCUGAUGGCAGAGGAGGGGCCUUGGGGCCUCAUGAAGGGCCUGUCGGCCAGAAUCAUCUCCGCCACGCCCUCCACCAUCGUCAUCGUGGUGGGCUAUGAGAGCCUCAAGAAGCUCAGCUUGCGGCCUGAGCUGGUGGAUUCGAGACACUGGUAACCCGUGGUGGGGAGAGAAGCCUGCCGUUUCCCACACUACUGGUCUGGGGCAGAGUGAGGAGGAUAGCACCCUCUCCGGUGCCCCCAGCACACACCCAGCCCUGCCCUGAGCCAGGUGGCUUGUCUGGGCCCAAGGACAGAGACCGAACUGCUCUUGCUGAAGAGGUUCCAAGCCGGGACCCCCUGUCCCCAUGAUUUUUAAUUCUCUUGCCAAACUGGGCUCCCUCACUCAGUCCCUGUACUCGUUCUCAUCCUAAGGAACCCCCCAGCAGCUAGCCCUCCUGGGCUCUUAAGAGCUGUACAUAGAGCUUGUUUGCCUCCCCACCCCUCCCUUAUGGGCUUACUGUCUGCGCCCUACACAGCGCCAUCAGUCCACGGCCCUUCGUCGGGGCAAGGUGCCAGACACUGUACCGGGAGUCCACGUAGCAAAAACGCCAGAGAACAUAGCCUCUCUUUCGAGGAAUUAAUAGGUGGGGGAGAGUGAUGGUCCCGUUAGUAACCUCUGUGAAGCAGGCGAGAUGCUCUUAGUCUUGCUAAAACACACGCAGGUGGAGCCGACUCCUUCCUCAGACAAAUGAAAGCUAUUAUGCAGCUUUUUUCCUCAGUCCCUGUUCUCUAUCCCACACAUCCCAGGAGCCCCGGGACAGGAUGGCUGCCGGCGGGCACAUUAGACCUGGGAAGUCAGGUUGAGAGAAUGGUUCGUUUGGGAAGCAUCCAGAAGAGAGUAUGGCAUAUCUCCUCCCAGGAUACCAGCUGAGCCAAGCCUGGCAGAGAGCGGCAGAGGUUGGCAGCCCCUGGCAGCCUAGACACACACACACACACACACACACACACACACACACACACAUACUCAUCACUGGGACUCACACGGUAGCAAAUGCCGUCUCACUAGGGGGAAUCUCGAGAUGUGGAGCAGCUUGGGGUUUUCUUUCUCCCUGAUGCGAAUCGCUAUCCUAAUCAUGGUACCUGUGGGGGACAAUAAAGAGUGGGCCAGGAAUUCACUUCUACCACGACCAGUGCAUCUACCAGCCUGAUGCUGCCGAGACUCUCUGUGGAUCUCUCCUGGGAGCAGAGCUGGGAGGCAGGCUCUCCCCCUUGCCCAGGUUCCCUCCCCGGCUCCUCCACCCAGCCUGUGCUGCAAGCAGAGUGGGGCAGUGGGCAGAAGGUGGCAGCACUUGGAAUCCUAGGUUUCUACUGGAGACAUCUGGCCUGGACGAGCCCCCAAGCCUUCUCAUUGGUCCCACCCACUGGGCAAGGCCAUGGUGCCACUUUGAAAGGUGCUAGCUACCUAAAGCCUGGACACGCCUAAGGCUGCCCUGUAUUCAUUCUUUCACCCUGGCCAGAUCAGAACCCGACAAGUGUAUCUGCUUUUACCACCAACACUGCCCAUCUUGGUCUGCGUCUCUGAGGGUUCCCCAUUAUUUUCUCUCUUCCUGCACUUUAUCAGGGGAGUCCUCCCAUUUCUACCAGGUGGCUAUCCAAAGGGUUGGGCUCACAGAUCAUCCCCAGUCUUCCCACCCGUCACCCUUUUAUCCGAAGAACUACCAAUAUGUAGAUUGAUUCUCACUUGCCUCCUUCCUCUCUGAGAAACUUACCUUCAGUUCUUCCCCACUGUGGCUGGCGGGUCAAGUAUCACUGACAGGGAGCGGCCCGGCCUCUCAAGUCUGAAGGGUGGCGCUCCCAUGAUUCCGAGUACAGUGCCACAGAGCCUUUGUCUUGUCUUUCUCUCACAAUUUAAAGGCUGUUGUGUGGAUAAUUAAGGCGGCUCCUGGCCCCACCUUUUCGUUGACUACAUUUAAGGGAUUGGGAUUGGGUUUGCUGAAGACAUCUGGGGGAGUCCUAUCCAGUGGGUGGAAAGUGGACUUCCAGGUCCCCAGAACUGGAGGUCUGGCCAGCUGGACUGUGCUACAUUGGUUCCUGGCCAAAACGAACUUUGGGGGCGGGACGGGGCAAGGCAGGCAACCUGAUGGGAGUAUUGAGGUGGGGGUGGUGAAAAUGCAGGCUCAUUGAACAUUUGAUAGACUUGUGAAUAUUAACUGAGUUUUCGCUGCUGCACUGUACGAAGUCUUCGAAGUGAAAUUAAAAGUUUUUACUGA